UCGUAAUCGGUUAGCGGGUUUCAGACAGGUUAACUAAACGCCAUUGUUGGACUGAAUAAUCUUUAUUUUGUUAAAAUACUUUUGUUUAUUAAUGGACCUAAUAAAACGUUUUAGUGUAAGUGAGUAGCAAUUAUUAGUGCAAUAGUGGUAGUGAUUCUAACAAUUUUUAAAAGAAGUGAAAUUGAUAAAGAUUAGUCAAUGUCAGCAGGCGUGUCAGAUCAGCGGAUGAAAGGACAGGGAAAUCAAGUGUCCAAUGGCUCUAAAGAACAGCUAGGUGCAGGUGAAGGAGCAACGGGCUCUGAAGAGUUUGAACCAUGGAGAAAUCAGCAACAAAACACCACUGCUCAUACAGCUUAUGGGGCUUCCGUACCAAUUUCCAGUGCUACAGACAUUUACAAUAUGAGUACAGCAGGAUAUUACGGAAGUGGAGGAACUUAUCCUUAUCAAGCUUAUGGUGUAGGAGAUGGAACUUGGUCGAAUGGAACAGAUCCAAUGACAUUUUUAAGCGGAUAUCCCCACGAUUCUUAUUCCAUGGAUGGCAUGUUCGGUCCUUCGACGGCAUUUUCAACUCCUCCUUUCGCCGGUCAACACUCGUCCUUCAACUAUUUCCACAGCAACGGAGACUUCAACACAUGGGGAAGUCAAUUAGGAGGCCAAAGAAAGUACGAUGAUUAUUAUAGGGAUCACCAAAACAUGUACACUCAGGCUAUGCCCGAUUCUACAUUGAAAAGCGUAGAACAAGCAAUGCAAAAUUUAGAUUUAAAAUCAUCGAUGGAUUCGAAGGAAUCUUUAGGACAACCGAAGAAAGCCACGUGGGCGAGCAUAGCGAGCCAGCCGGCCAAACCUCAACUAUCCAUCCAGAAUCAAGGACUGAAAAAGAAAGGUCCCGGCAUGCCGCCCGGUCCCAUCGUGCCGGGCAAACACAACAUGGACAUCGGCACCUGGGACACGAACAAAACGCCACCCCAGCUGCCGCCCGUCGUCGCCAACGCCCCCAAGAGCGUCGUCCCGUCGGCGGUGGCCGUGCGGCCCGGUUGGAACGGCCCGCCGAACAACAGACAGGCCCCGCCGGUGGCGCAGCGUCCCCAACACCCCAUGCCGGCGUACCAGCCGCAGGGGAUGAUGCCGCCGCAUCUGCCGCCGCAGGUUAACAUCCAGCCCGGUCACAUGCAGGGGAUGAUACCGCCUCCGAUGCCGCCGAUGAUGGUGUCGAACCCGCCGGCCAGUUCGACGGCCAUUACGCAUCCCGUUUUGGACGAACUCAAAGGGAAGAACAAUUACAAUCCCACCGAGUUCGAUUUGAGCGCUCCGAAUGCCCGUUUCUUCGUUAUAAAAUCCUAUUCCGAAGACGACAUCCACAGGAGCAUUAAAUACGAAAUAUGGUGCAGUACGGAACACGGCAACAAACGGCUGGAUAGCGCGUACAGGGAGCGCGAAGGCAACGGGCCCAUUUAUUUGUUCUUCUCCGUGAACGGUUCCGGGCAUUUUUGCGGCAUGGCUCAAAUGGUGUCCGCCGUCGACUACAACUCUAAUAGCUCCGUUUGGUCGCAGGACAAGUGGAAAGGACAAUUCAAGGUGCGUUGGAUUUACGUGAAGGACGUGCCGAACGUCCAAUUGCGCCACAUUCGAUUGGAGAAUAACGACAACAAGCCGGUGACUAAUUCGAGGGACACCCAGGAAGUGCCUCAUUCGAGGGGCGUGCAGGUCCUGCGCAUCAUGCACGCCUAUAGACAUUCUACAUCAAUCUUUGAUGAUUUUGUGCAUUACGAGAAGCGACAGGAGGAGGAGGACAGUCGCAAGCAGCCGCAGAUGAAGGAGAAUUGCGGCGGCGGCGGUGGACAGGGACACGAAUCGAGCGGCGGCGGCGGCGGCAGGGAAGGCCAGAAUAGGGAACAUAGAGAUAGAGGCGAUCACAGAGGCGGCAGGAACCACGAUAGGGACGGCGAGAGCGGACAUCGUUCGGGAGGUGGUCACAGGAAUAACGAUCAUCAUGGCGGAGGAGGACACAAGGACCGUGAUAGCAACCGAGGCCGCGGAGGUCGAGGCGGAGGCCGUAAUUAAAAAUGUUAACAAGUAACAUAUAAAAACAUAACACAUUGUUACGGCUGCUGUGUUUACUCUAGUGUUAUUCCUAUUAUCGGCUUCUAACGAACUUCAUUUAAUUUGAUGAAUCAACACUCAACAUUUCUCUCAAUUGAAUUAUUAUUAUAUUAUAAAUUGCAUAUUAGAGAAAAUUAAUAGGCGCAGAUCAGUUGGUUUUUUUUUUACAAGGCAGUCGACUUGUUUUAUUUUGUUUUCUUUUUCUUUAGGAAUUAUUGCUUAAGUCUGUUGCUUUUUCCGUUUUCGAUAUGAGAAUCAUUUUGGGUGUUGCUAACAUUCUUAAAGUUUUUCUAAACAUUAAAAGAAAUUUCGGUAAUUCCUAUUUUCUGUUAUUAUUAAGUUUAAAAGAUUUCAUUACACGCUGAUUUAAUUAGUUUUAUUGGUAAAUUCUGUUGUCUUAACGAAAAAUAAAUAUUGUUUUUGAUAGAAGCAUAAAUUUCUUACGAAAAAAUAUUAGCAAUUAGCAUAUUUUUUACUUUUUAAGCUUUCAAAGAAUAACAAUUUUUUGCAGCCGAAUUUGAUCGUUGUUUUGAUAAUAGAAGAGCAAUUAUUUCUCAUUGAUAACUGCAGAAAAUUGUCAUUUUUUCUUACGCAUAGGAAGUCGCAUCUAUUGUAUUGUAAUUUUUCAUCACGUUUACCAACACGAAUAGCUAAAAGUGGUAAAAAUGGUGGAAAAAGCCCGUAAUGUUAGCAUCAUUUGGAAAAUGUAUAUUAUUCAAUAAGCCGGUAAGGAUUCCUCCUAUUCAAUUUGGAUUAAUAUGUGUGGGUUCUCUUAAACUUUUCAAUAUAUCGGUUAUAAAAUUCUAAAGGUAUAUGGAUUCUAGCAGAGUAGUUGUACAAUAAUUGUCCACUCUUCGGAUCGGUAAAGAAGAUGAAACUAGUGCAGUGUUUUCGUUUGUGUGCCAGAGUGUUACGGACCUAAAUAAAUUAAAUUGUAAUAUAACGUGAGAGAACUGUAGUUGAAUUUUUCUGGACUAAUGUUAACAAUUUGGUCGUGCGGUCAAGUGCAUGUUGGCUGCAUCGAAUCAUUAAAAAAAAUUACACCAUUCAGUGGGCGACGAACUGUGUGACUGUGCAAGUGAACGCAAUCUCGCAACUUUUGAACUGUAAUAAAUAAAAAAAUUGGCUACUAAGUAUUUAGUUGGAUGAACACUGACGUAUAUGUUAAUAUCUGUUGCAGUUUUACCAAUGUUUUUUCAAUUUUUUAAUACCUUGUAGAUGAAGAUGAUGAAUAAUAUGAACUAUGUGCACAUUUAUGAAUAUUUGUUGAGAUUAAAUAGUUUAACUUGUGACUGUUGAAACCGAUUUCAUGCUAUGUUCUUAUUCAUUUUUAAUUUGGGUACGCUAAAUAAAAUGAAGUUCUUUUAUUGGAGCGGCGACAAUAAGCAAUGAUACUACGUUUCAAAGAAACUGUAAUCUUUGCGUUUAAUAAAAAUAUGAUUUAUUCAUAGCAAUUCAUGCAACAGCCUUCUUAUUGUUGUAAUUUCAAUAUCAAAUUAUGUUUAAACCGAAAUGGUGUUAUUUUCUUAUUUCUAUUGAAAUAUAUAAAAAUAUUUUAGUGUUCCCAAAUUACUUUAGGAUGUUAAUUGGUAGUUUGCCACAUUAAUUUGAAAAUUUUUGAUUAACAAAUUUCUUUUUACCUGCAUUAUAUUAAUGUAGAAUUUUUAACUUUUUUUACAUUGCAGGCUUUUGUAUCUUUUUGAAAACAUAAAUUGUUAAUCGUCAUCGAAAUUUAAUUAGAAAUUACUACUUGGAAGCAAAUGUAAGUCAAGUAAAUUUGGCAAUUUCAUCGAAUUAAUUUAUGCUCGAAAUUUCGAAAAAAUGGGAAAUAUCGAUUGCUACACAAUCAUCAAACUUCUAAUACUACUAAUAGGCUUUCUAUAACAAAUCUCAAACCAUCCGUUUCUAAAAACAAAGCCUUUUCCACGGCAUAUGAUUGUAAAAAAAAUCGAUAUUUUUCAUACCUUCUAAAAUUAAUUAUAAGCGUAUUGUAAAUAAUUGUAAAAAUGUAAAUUGAAACCAGAAUUUAAUUUCAUUAGCGCUCGAUGACUAAGUUAUAACGUAUAAUUUAACGAAAACGUUAUUUGUUGCGUAAUUCGAACAUGGCAUGUUAUAGGUUUUGAGUUUGUCUAUCUGUACACUGUGCCUAAUAAGUUAGACUGAUGCAUUCGUGCAUUUGUUAGUUGAUUAUACUGAAAAAUCUAUGUGAUCCGAAAAGUGGGCGUCUGUUGAUAGCGACGUCGAUAAUAAAUCAAUAUCUUUAAACCUGUUUCAUCUUUUU